GGCCAGAGCGCGGUGACGUCAGAGAGGUCGUGGGUGAGAGGUGAUCGGGACACAUCUUGUUGUCUUUGUAAGAGUGGAGCUCGAUCACGCAGCCGUGUCUUCCCUCUUCCCCGAAUCCUCUCAAAACUCCCUCCCGGACCUCCCCCUCUCACCCUCGGACCCUCGGACCCUCUCCCCUCCCCGGAGCGCGCGGCAGGUUGAUCAUCCGUGACCAAAGAUCCAGAGCUCGACUCAUUGAUCAUCAUGGACUCAGGUGUGAUUGAAGGAGGACUCAACGUCACGCUCACCAUCCGACUGCUCAUGCAUGGCAAAGAAGUGGGCAGCAUCAUCGGAAAGAAAGGUGAAUCGGUGAAGAAGAUGCGAGAGGAGAGCGGCGCUCGGAUCAACAUUUCUGAAGGGAACUGCCCCGAGCGCAUCAUCACCCUCGCAGGCCCCACCACCGCUAUCUUCAAAGCCUUCUCCAUGAUCAUCGAGAAACUAGAGGAGGACAUCAGCAGCUCCAUGUCCAACAGCACGGCCACCUCGAAGCCCCCGGUCACGCUGCGGAUCGUGGUGCCGGCUAGCCAGUGCGGCUCGCUCAUCGGCAAGGGCGGCUGCAAGAUCAAAGAGAUCAGGGAGUCAACAGGAGCUCAGGUACAGGUGGCUGGAGACAUGCUGCCUAACUCUACUGAGAGAGCCAUUACUAUCGCUGGGACCCCGCUGUCCAUCAUCGAGUGUGUCAAACAGAUCUGUGUGGUCAUGCUGGAGUCGCCUCCCAAAGGUGUGACCAUCCCUUACCGACCCAAACCCUCAGGAUCGCCUGUCAUUUUUGCAGGAGGACAGGCAUAUGCGGUGCAGGGACAACAUGCCAUUCCUCAGCCUGAUCUCACUAAACUCCACCAGUUGGCAAUGCAGCAGAGCCCGUUUCCUUUGGCCCCCAGCAGCCAGGGCUUCUCUGCUGGUAUGGACGCUACUGCACAGACAGGCUCUCAUGAACUGACCAUUCCAAACGAUUUGAUUGGCUGCAUCAUCGGCCGCCAAGGUGCCAAGAUCAAUGAGAUUCGUCAGAUGUCAGGGGCACAGAUCAAGAUCGCCAAUCCAGUGGAGGGCUCGACCGACCGACAGGUCACCAUCACCGGCUCGCCCGCCAGCAUCAGUCUGGCCGAGUACCUGAUCAACGCACGACUCUCGUCCGAGGCUACAGGAAUGGCCGCGAACUGAUGCUCUCCGCCACCCCACCGCCCCUGUUCUCCUCCUCCAUCACAUUACGCUCUCUAAGUGCAAAAGGAAACCAAGUAUUUUCAACCUAACCUUUCCUUUCACCCACCCCGAGAUAUGCUUCAUGGAUAUACACAAGUAUUUUAUUUAUUUAUUUCAUGAAAAUGUUUUUAAAGUCCCUUUGCGUACAGUUUUUAAUGUCUUUUUUUCUUUUCUUUGCAUAUUUUGUCAGUUAACAUUACCGUAUGGAAGUGACGGUGGAGAAAGUGGAAAAAUCUGAAAACGCAUAAAUGUUUUUGUUAUCUCAGAUUUUUCUUAUAAAAUCAGAAAAAAUAAAAAAGAGAGCAACUACAGAUGAUAGAUGGACCGCUUUCCCUGUAUCGAAGAUUUAUUUAUUUUAAUUUAACUCUAGGAAGUUACAGAUUUUAAAAUCCUAGAAAAGAGCUUGAGAGAAUGAGCUCAGUUUUCUGCACCAGAUCGAUCUGAAUCUGUGAGCCGUUUCAGGUGACUUUAGUUUGUUUAUGGGGGGACGUUUGAAUACGUGUCAUUCCUCAAUAUUUGUCUUUUUUUCUUUCUCUUAUCCUGAAGUUGGAGAUUUUGUUAGAGGGAGGGAUGGGAGAUGCUGCAGUUUCUGCAUAAGUGACUGGUAUAAUAAUGAGUUGAAAAUAUUUCUUUUAGAGAGAAUAUUGUUUUUUAACCCUGUGGUGUAGAGCCCAGACUGGAGGAGUCCCAGUUGACAUUUAUAUGAUGAUGCGACUGAGUUACUGAUCAAUUACAUGACUAGAAGGAACUUUCUAGAAUUAACACUAGUUUCCUCUAUACUCUGCUUGAGUAAUAGUUAUGUUUUCUAUUUUUUUUUCUUUCCUGUUUUAUUUUUUUCUUGCAGGAGGAAGGAAAACCUAAAACUUUUUUGUGCACGUUUUCAGAAUAUUGUAGAUUUGGAGUGCAGCUGGAAUGAAGAAUUAAACAUGCAAAAUUAAAACAUGAAAUGCUGAAACUA